UCGUGUACUCAGUAAUGUGGAGGGAAAGUACCUGAUGGACAGCGUCCCAUUCAGCUGCUGUAACCCUGGCUCCCCGCGACCCUGCAUCCAGCAUCACGUGACCAAUAACUCUGCCCACUACGACUACGACCACCGCACCGAGGAGCUGAACAUCUGGAACAGGGGCUGCCUUGAGGCAGUUUUCUCCUACUACAGCAGCAUCAUGACCAGCAUUGCAGUGCUCCUCAUCAUUUCCAUGUUCCUGGAGUCAGCAGAUGUGGCGGGCCUGAAGUACCUGAGCACGACUCUGGAAACAAUGACGGACCCUGAAAACCCUGAGUGUGAGAGUGAAGGCUGGCUGCUGGAGAAAGGCAUAAAGGAGACCUUCACCGACAUGCUGUCCAAGCUCAAAACACUGGGGAGGGGCAACCAGGUGCAGGAGGGCGGGGAUUCCCCUGAAGCUGCCACCUGAAAGCCCCACCCACCACUGAGGACUACCCCCACCCUCCCACAACCCCCACAGCAGCCAAUUGGACCGAACUUAGAGCAGAAACAGAAAGAGGAGGCAUGACUUCCAAGUUCAGCAGAUUCCACCAAAGCACACGUACAUACUCUCUCUCUCUCUCUCUCUCUCUCUCUCUCUCUCCCUCUCUCUCUCUCUCACA